GGAAGGGAAUGAGUACCAGUAGAUACAGUCAAGUUACAAAAGCGCUAAAUCAACACAUAACAAAUUAAUUUAUAAAUUUUCCCAAUACUAGGCAAGCCAGGGAAGAAAUAAAACAAAGGUUAGUAAUUUUUUUAUAGCAAUGCUAUAGUGUUAAAUGCUUAAAAAAUCCAUUUUGGCCCCGACACUCUGAGAUGGGAGUCGAACCCAUGACCUUUCGCAAACCAGGCGACUGUUCUAAGCACGGAGCUACCCAGGACCUAACAAGACUGAUGAAUUUUUCGAAAACCAACUACUCGUUUCAUUUAAUUUUUUCCUAUUUAAAUUUCUACAUUUCAUAUGGAAUGCCUGGAGUGGUAGAAUAUAUAGAUAGUUGCCAUUUUAGGAUUUUCAAACCAAAAGAGGAGGAACACCUUUUUUAUUACGGGAAGCAUAAAAAAGGAUCAUUGAAUAUUCAAAUAGUAAGGAAUCUUCUCCAAUACAUUGAAAAUAAUGUUGUACUUGAAACUUGUUGUCGUAUUUUGAGCAUGAGUGCGAAGUUUGGCGGUGCUACAUAUUCAUUUCCUCAAAAUAUUUCACCUCUUAUAGUGAAAAAUUUGCAAGAGCUUUCUGAAGCUUUAUGUUUCACUAUGUUUAAGCACAAAGGGUUUACAUCACUCUGUAUUCGCUGCAGAAAUUUCUCCACUGCCGUCAUGUGUUGGAACACCUGGCGGCAGUGGAGAAAUUUAAAGUACUAGACUCAGAAGUUUGUGUGAAAAAGAGCUCCGAAAAAAGUUUCGUUAUGGUUGAAAGUUAAUAUAUUACUUAAUUAUUAGUAGUUCAUAAAAAAACACUAAAGUCCGAUUUCAUUUAAUAAAACAAACAUAUUCAGCAAUCGCUGUGAGUGUAGUUAGCGCCGCCACUAUCGGGUUUUCCAGCGCCUGAAAUUCUUACUGGAGGUUGAUGAUGUGCUCGGACGUUACAGUACCUACUGUAUAUGUUGCCCGGUGGUCUUGGUCUUUCAAUACUGGAAUUAUUCGUGCAUUGUUCCUAGAAAAUAAUUAAUUAAUUAUUGUCAAC